UCUGCUCUCUGAAUCCUUCAUUGAACUCCUCUUCAGCAACAGUAGCUUGGUGACCAGCAGGUUGUAUUCAGUAUUUGAACAAAGCAAGAAUUGAAAGCAUAUACUCAAUGACUACGGAAGAAGCAAAAGCAAUUAACGUGAAGGCCUUGGUGGAUAAAAAGAACAACAGAGUUAUAUUGUGGAAUCAGAUGAGGACUUUACUGAUGUUCUUUUUAGUUUCUUGACAAUGCCCAAGGGAACAAUCAUCAGGCUCAUUUCUAAUCAUAAUCAGCCACCGACAGUGGGGAUAGGUUGCAUGAACAAUUUGUAUGAAAGCAUUAAGAACCUUGACAUGCAGCGUUUCCGGACUGAAGCAUGCAAGACCAUGUUGCUAUGCCCCAGAAAUGACGCUGCACCUCAGAACAAGAGACUAAAAUUGCAAAUUGACGACGGUGAGCUACCGAGCUACUUCUUGUGCACUACGGAUUGUACAUUUUCUGGGCACAAGUUAUUGAGUCUCUACCCUAAUGCUGUUUGCAAAUGUGGACGGGUCAUGGAUAGGACGAUGGAGUUGUCAGAGAAGACUGUAGAAAAGUUAGGCUUUGAUGCUCGAGAUAGAGGAGUGUUUGUUAAAGGACUGACCCAAUUUAUAAUAAGUGACGAAUUACAAGUAAAGCCCUCAUCAAUAGAAGCAAGCGUCUCCGUACUGUCCAAGCUAGGACUCAUGGACUGUAGCGCCAUUGAGGAGUAUAACUACUACAACGUCGACAUAGGGCAGAUGAGGUUCUCACUUUGCUCAGGUGCUCACUGGUGUCAAAGAAACCUUUGACAGAAACUUUGUUGAAACGAAAUUCAGCAACAAAGUUCGGCAUUGAAGAUUUUGAUCAGAACAUCUAUGUUGAACCUACAGUGCAAGAACCAGAAUCCAAUGUGGACGGGAAGAUUCAUGUAAAGCUUAUCAUCAGCAAAUCCAAGAAAAUUGUUUGUUUUGCCGAAGCAAGUGAAGAAUUUGUUGAUUUAGUCUCCAGUUUCCUAACUGUUCCACUUGGUUAUAUAACAAAAGAAAUGCAGAGUAGUAUUUCAAAAGGAUCCUUAACUCACCUAUACAAUAGUGUCAAGGAACUCGAUUCUGAGAAAUACUUUAAAUCUUAUGUGCACAAGGAAAUGCUUAUAAGUCCGAAGCUCGCCCCAAAUUUUAGGUAUGAGAACCAUCCUUUAGGCAUUGAAGAAGGUUUGCACCCAACAUACCAUGCUACAGAAUAUUAUUACUAUAAUUGUCCUGGUCAACGUCAUUAUCAUCAUCAACUGACUUCUGAUGGUGAAAUUCCUUCUGAAUCAUAUAGUACGAGAAGUUCAAUUUUAAUGGUCAAGGAUCCUAAGUCUCACUUUAAAGAAGCCACAAGAGGAGGAUUUGUGACUGGACCAACAAUGUUUACCAUAAUUGACAAUCUGAUCAUCACACGCAUAUCUCAAUUCCAAAGUCUGUCUCUUCUGAACAAAUUGAAAGUACCUUUCAAUGAUAUUGAGGAGCGUGUUGUGCAUGUGGACAGUGAGAAGGUAAGUUGACAUAAAUAUUUCAGUAUUAAACUCUAGCAAAGCAUCCCAUGAUUUCUGAUAGUAGUUUCUUUUGACUAUUUUGAGAUCUUGCUAUGGAAACGUAUGGUGAUUUUGGCAUACAACUUUUAAGAAUUUCUUCGAAAUUCAAGUCCCUAUGAUUUAACUUUUCUUUGAUUUUGCCUAACCUACUAGAAUAUUACUAUUUGAAACCAUAAAGUAGGAUGAGACCCGCUAUGUAUAUCAUUUUAAUUUUCUUAGUGCAAAAUAUUAUUCUGGGACAUAAUCACUGAAAUUCACCCAGCAAGAUGCAGCAAACAACAUAAAGUUUCAUACAUGUAUUUUGAGGUUUUUCCUUACAUUGGCAAGAGCAUUAGAAAUCUUAUUUGCUUUAAAGUAACAAUGAAGAACUGCAUCAGCCAAAUAGCUCAUUUCCUCAUAAGAUUUUAGAUUCCCAUACUAUCUGUAUCUUUUAUUAUUUUUAUGUUGUAAGUCUUGUCAAAUUGCAAGGCAUUGCCAUCUACAAAUGCAUUGUGUUCAAUCAAUAGUAAGUGACAGUAUAGAAGUAAAAUACAAAUGCUGUCAGUUUAUUGUGCCAAGCCAAUAAUCUACCACACUAAGCUACUGCCAAUUCUUAUUUUGUUGCUGCAUUACCGCCUCCGAUUAAUUAGACUAUACAAAGGGAGAGUUUUGAUUCAGAUGCUGUUCAAGAAGAGAAUCCAUUGAAGAUGAUGAUCUGAAAGCAUGAUAUCCAUUCCUUGUUGAUACCUUAUGAAUUUGUUUUACUUUGCAGGCUUUGCGUCUAUUGGUGGCUUCUUUUGUAUCUGAAUCUGCUUUGACCAAUGCCUUUCUGAGAGAGCCAAAUCCAUAUUCAUGUAAAAGCUAUUUGUAGUUUGUGUUAAAAUUUAUGUUUGUACUUUGGUAUGCUCUUAGACCAGAAGAUAUUCCAUAUAAGCAUAUUAAU